AUGCCGUUGGCUGAUAUUAGUAUAAACACCCAGAACAUUGGCAACCUCACCGCCUCUUUAGAUGAGGAUGCAGAUGAAGAUGAUAGAGAUGAGGAUGGUGAUGAAGAUGACAGAGAUGAGGAUGGUGAUGAAGAUGAUAGAGAUGAGGAUGAAGAUGAAAUAGAUAACGAUGGUGCUGUAGAUGAAAGAGAUGAGGAUGGUGAUGAAGAUGAUAGAGAUGAGGAUAAAGAUGAUAAAGAUGAGGAUGGUGAUGAAGAUGAUAGAGAUUACGAUGGUGCUGUAGAUGACAGAGAUGAGGAUGAAGAUGGUAUUGAUGACGAUGACGAUGUUGAUUAUAGAGAUGACGAUGGUGAUGAAGAUGAAAGAGAAGAGAAUGGUGAUGAAGAUGACAGAAAUGAGGAUGAUAAUGAAUAUGAUAUAGAUGACAAUGGUGAGACAGAUGAGAGAGAUGGCGAUGGUGAUGAAGAUGAUAGAGAUGACGAUGAUGAUGAUGUAGACGAUAGAGAUGCGGAUGAUAAUGAAGAUGAAAGAGAUGACGAUGUUACGAUGGCAUUGUAUGAUAGAUUGGCAUUGUUGGUUGUCAAUGCGUGGUGCCGCGCUUUCGUGAGGAAUGGUGUGAUCGAAGACUCCGAUUCAGGCCUGGGCUUUUUCUAG